AUGAGGGUGUGGAAGCUUGGUUUCAUGAGUCCCGCCAAAGGCCUGUGUGAUGGAAGCGUAGAUCUUGCUGCGCCCAAGUUUUUCCGCUUCCACCCCUUACCCGCGGUGGCUGCGAGCGUUGGAAAGGCGGCCACAGGAGGGGAGAAUCGCAUUCGACUCCGUACUCCGUCAGGACCUCAGUUAGGGCCCCGCAGCCUGCAAGCAAGCAUGUCCGACGGAGCCGACUUUCCCUCUGUCAUCGAGCUGAACGUCGGCGGCGUGCUAUACACGACGACUCUAAAGACACUGACGAGUCAGCCGGACUCCCAACUACAUGCCAUCUUCACGGGCCGCGAGCCCGUCACGAGGGACGCGAAAAAUCGUUACUUCCUCGACCGCGACGGUGUCCUCUUCCGGUACGUUUUAGAUUUUUUACGAGACGGCAAUGUAGUGCUGCCCGAGUGCUUCCGCGAGCGAGAGCGCCUGAAGAGAGAGGCCGAGAAGUACCUUCUGCAUGGCUUGGUCGAAUCCAUAUGCAGCGAGAGUCGCAACAAGCCGGCCGGAGUCAUCACGGUGGGUUACCGAGGCAGCUUCCAGUUUGGUAAGGAUGGCCUGGCGGACGUCAAGUUUAGGAAGCUCUCGCGGAUCCUCGUGUGCGGCAAGGUGGAUUUAUGUAGAAGCGUCUUCGGAGAGACCCUAAACGAAAGCAGAGACCCGGACCACGGGCAGUCAGAGCGGUACACUUCCAGGUUCUUUCUGAAGCACUCCUUCUUGGAGCAGGCUUUUGAUAUGCUGAUAGAGCAGGGAUUCAAAUUGGCGGGCAGUUGCGGGUCAGGAACGGCUGGAGGAGCGGCGGAACUAAAGCCAGGAGUGGAUGCGGAGGAGAACCGCUGGAACCACUACAAUGAAUUUGUGUUUGUGCGGGAGUAGUUUGAAUUGACCAAGACCUUUUGUGACAUCCCCUCAUAUCGUUCAUCUAAGGUAUAUGUACCAAAUAAGGCCAUAUCAAGAUUUGAGUAAUUAUAGUUGCUGAUACAUUCAAUAAGAAUUUAUCAACUUUAGUAUAACAAUGUUAGUGACACAAAUCUUGUUAAAAUAGCAGUCUUUGACCAAGAGAGUAAUACUACAAAUAUUUAUGUUUUCAAGUUGAACUUUAAAUUUCAAGACAAUAUAUUACAAAAGUUAUAAAUCUUAACCUACAUUCAUAACAAACAAGUUUUUUGUCUUCCAUAUCCAAUCCAACAUAUUCCUCGUGACUAUAUUAUAAGCAACUGUGACAAAGGCUUUAUCUUCUUCAACAAUUAAACAGUACUAACAUUCUUCAUACUAAUUCUUUUCUUUCUUUUGUUAGACAUAAGUUUUUUUCGCACUAAGCUUUAUUAGGGGGGCAUAAUCCCCAAAUAAAGUAUCUUUAAAAAGCACAGGAAAAACAGUCAAAACAAAAUUAAAUUGUGUAAAAACUUACCAAAAAUGCCUUCAACAGAAUUUUUCACAUUUCCUUUAUGGAAAACAAAUUCUUGAGAAACAUGAGGAGGCAGCACCUUUGGCUUUAUUAAAAAUUUUCAAACGAAGUUUCCUCGUUUCUUGGCAUUAUUCGGUGCAUAUACCUUACAGUAUCUUCUAAGAAAUAAGCAUGGGUUUAUACAUUAAUUUUUUUAUUGUUACUUUGUAGUUUCAAAGAUCCUUAGGAUAUUUCUAGAAAUUAAAUUAAGCCAAAGAAAAUUAGGUAAACUACCCUAAUCCUCUUUAAAAUACCCGCAUUUUAGAUAAUGCGUUAACAUUUUUUAAAAAUCGAACUGUAUUAAAUUAACAAUGAACGGAAUUUUCUUUAUAACUAUAUCUCAACGAGUCGUUUAAAAGGAGUUCGACAAUAAAAAACAAUAACUUAUGGAAACAGUGGCGUGGCGUGAAGUAUUGAUGAUGGCGAAUGAUUUUAUGAAACACGCAAACUCACCGUUAGAAAAAACUGUUUAGUCUAUUUCUACACAUAACUGGUUAUUGUGUUUUGUACAGAAUCUGAAAACAGUGCCAUUAAUAGACGAGAGAGUUAAUGAUAGCCAUUCGGGUAAUUGGCGUAAACUAAACGAAUAACAGUCUAGUAUCACAUAUUUUUUCCACAGAACUCAAACACAGGAGAUAUAUAAUGAGUACUGUUGUCAAAAAUUGCAAAAAAUUGCAUUAUUGAUUAGUCGUGGGAAGAAUCUUUAACUACUCAUAUAAUGUAAUGUACUAUAAGUACAUUCAAAAUAAAAAACUUCUUUAGUUUUAAUAUAAUUAUAACAGUGCUUAAAAAUAAAAUAACUAAAAUAAUUGAUCAAGCAGUAAUGACAGAUUCUAGAAACAAAUGAAUAAACACAUAGUUCUCAUUUUUGUUAUACAGUUUCCAAAAUUAGGAAGGGAUAUAGUAUGAAAUUUUGCCAUUAAUUUAGAGAACGGUGCAUACUACAUACAACAAUA